CAAGCUGGCACAAUGGCAUCAGAAGUCCACAUUCAAGGACCUGUGUGCCUCAUUGAGAAUAUGAAAGGACAACUGAUACCUAACCAGGAAGCUCUGAGGAUCCUGUCUUCCAUCAAUCAGCCAGUGGUAGUCGUGGGUAUUGCAGGCCUCUACUGCACAGGCAAAUCUUACCUUAUGAACAAAUUGGCUGGGAAGAACACAGGCUUCUCUCUGGGCUCCACAGUGCAGUCUCACACCAAGGGGAUCUGGAUGUGGUGUGUCCCUCAUCCCCAGAAGUCAGACCACACCCUAGUUCUGCUUGACACAGAGGGCCUGGGAGAUGUGGAGAAAGGUGACAACCAGAAUGACUGCUGGAUCUUUGCCCUGGCUAUACUUCUGAGCAGCACCUUCGUGUACAACAGCAUGGGAGCCAUCAACCAGCAGGCCCUGGACCAGCUGCACUAUGUGAUAGAGCUGACAGACAGAAUCAGAACAAGAUCCUUACUUGAUCAGGAUGAGUUGGAGGACUCAGAUGAGUUUGUGAGCUUCUUCCCAGACUUGGUGUGGGCUCUCAGGGACUUCUCUCUCAAGCUGGAAUUAAAUGGGGAGUCCAUCUGCCCAGAUGAAUACCUAGAGAAUUCACUGAAGAUACUUCGAGGUACUGGCCAAAGAGGCAAAGAACAAAAGCUGAAUCUCCCUCGGCUUUGUAUUCGUAAGUUCUUCCCAAAGAAGAAAUGCUUUGUCUUUGAGCGGCCAGCACAUGGGAAGAAGUUUGGCCAGCUGCAAUCGCUGCAAGAUGAAGACCUGGACUCAGACUUCGUGGAACAAGUGGCAGAGUUCUGUUCCUACGUGUUCAGCUGUUCCAAGGUUAAAACGCUUUCAGGAGGCAUCAAGGUCAAUGGACCACGACUAAAGAGUUUGGUGAUAACCUAUGUGAACACCAUCAGCAGUGGGGGUCUGCCUUGCGUGGAGAAUGCUGUCCUGGCUUUGUCCCAGACAGAGAAUGCAGCUGCAGUGCAAAAGGCCAUUGCCCACUAUGACCAGCAGAUGAACCAGAAGUUGCAGCUGCCCACAGAGACCCUCCAGGAGCUGGUGGAUCUGCACAGGGCCAGUGAGAAAGAAGCCACCAAGAUCUUCAUGGAAAAUUGCUUCAAAGAUGUUAAUCAAGUGUUCAAAAUGGAAUUAGGGAUCAAGCUAGCAACAAAGCAAGAUGAAUUCAUUAAGAAGAAUCUACAGGCAUCCUCAGAUCGCUGCUCAGCUCUGCUUCAGGAUAUUUUUAGUCCAUUAGAAGAAGAUGUGAAGCAGGGGCUUUAUUUCAAACCAGGGGGAUACCAUCUUUUUAUCCAGAAGAAAAAGGAGUUGAAGAAAAAGUACUGUGAGGAACCUGGGAAGGGGGUACAGGCUGAAGAAGCUCUGCAGAAGUUUUUGCAGUCCAAGGAGGAUGUGACUGAUGCAGUUCUACAGAUAGACCAGGCUCUGACAGAAAAGGAAAACAAGAUUGAAGUGGAGCAUGUGAAAGCUGAAGCUGCCCAGGCUACAGUAAAGUUACUAGAGGAAAGGCAAAAGAAAGGUGAUGAGUUGAUGAAAGAGAAAGAGAUGUUUUACCAGGAGCAACUGAAAAAUUUGACUGAGAAGAUGGAGAAGGCACAGGCCCAGCUGAGGGAGGAGCACCAGCGGGCCACUGAGCACAAACUUCAGGAACAGGAACGACUACUAAAUGAGAGAUUUCAGCAGGAGAAUAAAAUCAUUCAGGAUGAGAUAAGGAAUCUCCAGGAAAGGAAAAGCACGGGCAAAUGGGUGGUAAGAUAAAGGCAUAAAGAGUUGUGCCAUCCUGCCACUCAAAGCAGAGUUGAGCAGGGAGUAAAUCUGGAACAAGAGUCAAUCCAAUUGAAUAAAAUUGGGCCUUGCAUCAGAAACUAAAAAUCUGCAAAGAAGUUAGUGAGAUCACUAAGGAGGUCAUUGACAUCUCUACCACAGGAGAGGUAUCAAUAGCACUGCUCAGAACAAAGUCCCCUUUCCAGACUCAUCUCAAGGAUACAAAUGGACACUGAGCACAUUCAUAUAUGGUGGCUCAUAAGUAGGAACCAAGUUGUCCAGUGGUGUGAUGGUCUGAAAGACAGGGAUUGCCAGCCUCAUCCCUUAGUGAAGACAACAUAAAGUUCUCCAUUGUAUCAAAAGUGUUCACACUCUCACCAAUGGCAUGAUUUGUGGAUACUGCUAAAGAACAACCCUAUCAACACACUCCAUAAUAAAUCAAGACACCUGCAUGGAAAUCUAGAGUCCACAGAUGAUGGAAGAAACCAUUAGCUUGACAAGGAGCUAGAUCACAGGUGCAUGGGUGAAGAAGAAAUGUCCCAGUUUAUGUAGAUGGAAACUGUAACCAGCAUUUCCCAACUCUGAGUUGACACUGAUUAUGUAGAAACAUGAUGACAACUAAGCAUAAUGUAGAGCAAUAACUUCAAAGAUGAACUUUAAAUGAUGAUGCGUAAUCUGUAGACAUCAAAGGCACUUUAAUGAUUUAUCUGUAACAAUAAACUUACACUGCUCUUUUCCUAUUA